AUUUUAGAUGAAAAAUGUGCUUUAUUGACUAUAGUUUGUUUAACCAAAACUGAAAUAUAUCCUUAUCCAGACUUUUCUCUCUCUCUCUCUCUCCAUACAGUCCCCAGGGUGCUUUAAGUGGCAAUGAGCUGAACUGCUUUCUGUCUACAUCCAAAUGACAUCAAGUUUGUGUAAAAGAGAGAUGCUCCCCAUCACCUGCGGCCAUAUUCCUAAUAUUUCUGCACCUGCAGGUGAAUGACGUCAUGCCCAGAACUAUCUCCUCAAAGUAAGGAGUCCCUCUUGUGCCCAUCACCACCCUUUAAACCCCUUUGCAAACGUUCCUUCUUGUGGUCCUAACACAGCACACACACUUUAUGGACUGGUCUGUGCUGUGUUGUAAAGAACCUUAUAUUUUACCUUAUAUUUUGAAACCGUUAGCGGCCACUUGUACCACUCUCUUGUCCUUAAGGAGAGUGGGACCGUCAGUAUGCACAAGCUGAAGGGUGGCUCUGGCCCUCCCGUCCAGGACAUAUAUGAAUUCUCUGUAGACGAGGAGGACCCUAACGUUUUCCUUGGGACCAGGAGCGCAAGGGUGGUUUCUCCUGCAGCUGACUACAUCAGGUCCGAGCAUGAGCAAGCAGGCAUGUUCUCCUUGCCGCAGAUGGAGGGCCAGGAACUGAUGGAGUCUGUGGUACCCCAGAAAAAGAAAAGGAAAAGAUGUGGUGUAUGUGGGCCUUGUAUGCAGAAGGAGAACUGUGGUACCUGCAGCAACUGCCUGAACAGAAAGAUCGGACACCAGAUCUGCAAACUGAGAAAGUGUGAUGAGCUGAAGAGGAGGAAGAGCCCAUGGGAGGUGGAAUAUUUUGAAGACGUAAAAACCCGGUCCGUAAUCCCAAACCUGGCUAAAGAGACUGUUUCUGUGGUGGGUUCAGUGGAUGGCCCCAGAGGAAGAGGCCAGAUGGAAAUUGGGUCCCAUGACCGCCUGGAAGAAGGCGUGUUAAACCAUGAACUGUCUAAUGGGCUUAGCAAACAUGCAGCAAAUGAAGAAAAUAUUUGUGAUGAAGAAGUCAGUGGCGUGGCCAGGGAGCAACACCAGCACAACUACCAUGAGGGGGCUGGAUGUAUUUCCCAGACACCGGGCUGGGUCCCUGAGCAAGCUGGGAAGUCUUCAAAUCCUGAAUCUCAACAGGGUGCUUGGAGUGGCCAAAAUGCCAGCACACCGGUGAAUGAUGUGGAUAUGGAGGAUGCACGAACCCUGGUGGCCUUUUCUGCUACUGUUGGCUCACUGCCACCUUACACCAACCAUCAAACUUCUCAGACUCCUACAGCUCAGCUGUAUGAAAGGUUCCAUCAGGAAAUGUCUAAUGGAGGAGAUGAGGCCAGAAAGAAAGGUGUGGAUGGUGAGUUGUGCCCCCCUGAAGAUCUAAACACUCUUCAGGCAGCACUGAGCAAGGCCCGUCAUGGCCACAAGCCACCUAACUGUGAUUGUGAUGGCCCAGACUGCCCUGACUACCUGGAGUGGCUGGAGAAGCAAAUCAAAAUGGUGGCUAACUCCCAAGAUAAAGGUUCUUGUAAGAUCGCGGGUGCUCCUCCACAGCCACAUGCACAGCAUCGUUAUUCUCAAUCCCAACCUCAACAAUGUGGAAGUAACCCCUUGUGUAUGCAAGACACAAAUCCACAGCCCCUUGUUAACCAGCCUUCUGCUCCUAGACCCUUUGGCCGACCAGCACCUAUUCCCUGCUCCCCUAGUGUUCUGUCCAUAGCCAAGGAAAGAAAUGUUAGCUUGCAAACAGCCAUUGCAAUUGAGGCUCUGACCCAGUUGUCUGCCACUGUCCCACAAACUGUUGUUUCUCCAGGUGAGUCUUCACCUGCAAAUCACCAUCAGCAUCUGCCAACCUCCUACCCCCAGAGUAUGCCACAAGUGGUCUCUUCAUCACCUGGUCCUGUUUUGUCCUCCUCUGCUAUGCCACGAUCCAUCCCUCCAGGACAUUACCCCCCGGAGGUAUCAUCAUGGGAGCAGCAGAGACCUCAGUCUCAGGGUGAGGCCCCUGCACCUAACUCAUCUCACUAUGCUUCCCCAUACCCAUCCUCCAAGUCCCCAUUUACAAUCAUACACCCAUCAACCCCUAAUCCCCGACCCCAGCAGUGGAACCAGGGCACAGCUGGAAGCUGCGAGAGAAGCUCCCCUCGGAACCCAUGGAUGAUUGAGAACACAGAGUCCCAGCUUCGUUUUGUAAACCCAUCCCAAGGCAGCAGUGACCCAGUAUCAGAGCUAAAGCAACUCCUUGGAGACACUGGUGGAAAGUACACCAACUCAGCCUUCAAGUUCCCACUCCUUCACCCCAGCUUGCAGGAUGGUCGCAAGGGCAGCCUUGCUGGGGUGCCUCACAUUAAGCAGGAGGUGGACACAAAGGAGUACCUGGGCUCAGGAUGUGCAGUCAUGGGCCAAGAGGGGAUGGUAAAUGGCCAGCAGCCGUUCCAGGGUCAGCAGUUUUCACCCACCAUUAGGCACUCAACUCAGGCAGCACUACAGCAGCACCUUCAUCAUAAGCGUAACCUCUUCUCUAAUUCUCCUGCCUUUAGUCCAUUAGCCCCCAUGGCUUGUCAGAACCUUCGUAAGUGGUGGCCACAGUCUAUUCCAGAGAGUCCUUUAACCAUCAAACAGGAUCACAAAGAACCCAAAAAGAAAAAGAGUGCUCAAAGUUCUCCUCUUCUCAAGCAGCCAGUGGGUGGGCUAUUUGGUCCACUGGGCACACCUCUUCCAAAACCCAAACAGAUUGUUAUCAAGAAGCAUAAACAGAAAGCUUCCCAACCAACUUUUCUCCCACAGAACCAGAUUACAAUAUCGAAACCUCCCUUCAUCUCCGCAGGAUAUGCACCAUCCCUGUCUCAGCUUGUUCCAUCUCUACCAGGCAUGGAAGCUGGGCUUCCCCCCUCUCAGGUGGCUGAGAGCCACCCAGCUCCAGCUCAAUCUCAGGAAUCCAUUUUAAAUGGCAGUAGUACACCUAUCUCUGAAAACACUCAUUAUUCUUCUACCCCUGUGUCAGUCCUAGCACCAUCCACCCAGAAGGUGAUAGCUUGCUCAGGCCCAGCUGGGCCAAAUGACAGCGUCCCAACAACCAGUAUCACGCCUCAAACCUCUACAACACAGCCAAUUCCUUCUCUGGCUGGCCUCAGUAACCUAGAUCCAAAAUUUGAAGAGUUGAUUCGCCAGUUUGAGGAGGAGUUUGGGGACACCAUUUCCUCAGCUUCUGCAGCAGAGACCCCAGAGAAUGGCCCUGCUCAUCCAGUGGUGACCGAGUCACAACCAAACUCAGGACAAACCAGACCCGAGUCACCAUCCCCAACGCAGCCAGUUAACUGCCCUCCUGUUCCCACAAAUGAGUCUGAGCCCAUGGAUGAAGGUCAAAAGGACAUGACUGAAAGACUGAAGGAAAAAACACCAUUGCCAUCUGAGGAGCUCUGCACUGUCAAACAGGAAAGUGAGGAAUGUGAGGUGGAUGUGAAACCUUCUGGGCAGCUCCCGUCUGUAGCUCAGGAUGCAUUUCUGGAGCGACAGCACCCCUUCAUCACACCUUUCUCCCCUCCAACUAAACGUAUAAAGAUUGAGUCAUCUGGUGGCGUGACUGUGCUCUCCACAACUGCAUGUUUCUCUGCAGACAGAGAGGGGGAUGAUUUGAAUACUCCCACCAAGGAUAUGUUUCCCUCCUCUCCUUCACUUAAAGGUUUUCUUGAGUCACCAUUACGCUACCUGGACACUCCCACCAAGAGCCUAUUGGAUACACCAGGGAAAAAUUCCCAACCUGAUUUUCCCAUCUGUGACUGCGUAGACCAAAUCCUAGAAAAGGACGAGGGCCCAUAUUACAACCACUUGGGGUCUGGGCCAGACAUAGCUUCAGUCAGAAAACUGAUGGAAGAGAGGUAUGGAGAGAAGGGUGAAGCCAUUCGUAUUGAGAGGGUGGUUUACACAGGGCGAGAAGGAAAGAGCUCUCAGGGAUGUCCUAUCGCUAAGUGGGUGAUUCGUCGCAGCAGUGAGAAGGAGAAAUUGUUAUGCAUUGUGAAGCAACGACCUGGGCACCACUGUGCCAAUUCUGUUAUUGUUGUUGUCAUCUUGGCCUGGGAAGGCGUUCCCCGUGCUCUGGGAGAUAAACUGUACAGAGAACUCACAGAAACCAUCAUCAAAUAUGGCAACCCCACCAGCCGCCGCUGUGGACUCAAUGACGAUCGAACCUGUGCAUGCCAAGGGAAGGACCCAGAUACCUGUGGAGCUUCCUUCUCUUUUGGCUGCUCCUGGAGCAUGUACUUCAAUGGAUGCAAGUAUGCUCGAAGCAAAAACCCUCGCAAGUUCAGACUUCAGGGAGACCACCCCAAAGAGGAGGACGAUCUCAGGGAUAACUUCCAAAACUUGGCCACACAUGUGGCCCCUAUAUAUAAGCGGCUGGCUCCCCAGGCCUACAGUAACCAGUGUUUAAAUGAGAACAUUGCUUCAGACUGUCGGUUGGGCAUGAAGGAAGGACGGCCAUUUUCAGGAGUCACUGCAUGCAUGGAUUUCUGUGCCCAUGCUCACAAAGACCAGCAUAACCUCCACAAUGGCUGCACUGUGGUGUGCACUCUUACAAAAGAGGACAAUCGCACAGUGGGCACAAUUCCAGAAGAUGAGCAGCUGCAUGUGCUUCCACUCUACAAGAUCUCUACAACCGAUGAAUUUGGUAGUGAGGAGAACCAGCGUCUCAAAAUGCAAACAGGAGCCAUCCAGGUGCUCUCUAACUUCCGGCGAGAGGUUAGAAAACUUCCAGAACCUGCUAAAUCCUGCCGACAGCGUCGGCUGGAGGCCAAAAAGGCAGCAUCAGAGAAGAAGAACAGGAAAUUGCAGCUUGCAGAAACCCCAGAGAAGACUGUCAAAAUGGAGAUUCACCACAUGGAGUCACCCCAUCCUCAGCAAGGCAAUAAAGCUAUUCCAAAACAAGAGGUGAAACCAACCAUCAAAAAAGAGCCUGUCGACCGCUUCCAGCCCUUCAAUGGAGCCAUACAUGGCUACCCAGCACUAGGGAACGGCAAGACAACCCCAGAUCCCCACAGCAUGAGCAGUUCAUUCUCCUACCCUGGUAACUAUGCAAGAGGUUGCAUCCCUACCAACAGCCAACCUCCUGCACAGAGCCCAAUCAACGGCUUUCACCCUAACCUCCAAGAAAUACGAUACGGUUAUUACAACUACCCUCCUAGUGCACUUUUUCCUCCUGAGCUCUUGGGAUAUGAUAAAGGUGUCUGGCCAAAAGCUGGAGAUCCCUCUGCCACACCAUUUGAACAAAAGCCAGAUGUUCAGUGUCUCCAAGCCAAACUGGCACAGGCCUAUCCCAGCCGUCCUGGGCAGUCACAGCAACAAAUGGCUGAUGCAUCCAUUCAAGGCUACCCACACCCUUCUGAGGUUUCGCAGUCUCCUGUUCCACCCAGCCGUACUCCAUCAUUGUCACUUGAGCAGACCCACCGCUCAACACCUAUCAUCAAGCAGGAGCCCAUGGAUGUGCCACUAUAUGAUGGCAGAUCGAAUGGGCAAGCUCAGAGCUGCCCUAGCACUCCCAGUACCACACCAAAACCUGAAGGCUGGCCUGAGCACAAACCAAAUGGCAGCAUAGUCUCUAAAGGCUGGGAUGCAAACAUCAGAACUGGUCCAACUAAUUCUCCCUUCACUCCAGAUAAGCAGAGGCUCCACCAGCAACACCCACACCAACAUGAACACCUACAGUAUCCACAGAAGCAACAGUGGAAUUCCUACCCCUGCCCUAACACUCUAAUGUCAUCCCCUGCCCCAUCUCCGUCCCCAUCCCUAAAAGGCGGUCCUUCACCUGCACCCUCUCCACACCCAUCCACCCCAAGACAGUGGGGUAGCCCUGCCCCUAGUCCACAACCUAAAGCAUGGAGUCCUUACGGUCCCAUGGGUUACGGCACUGGUGGUAUCAUACAAGGCAACCCUGCUGGUGCUUUCCCUGAUAAAAUGCUUUCCCAGGCAGGUGCGAAUUGUGGCUCUGCACCUCUGGGACUCCAGGAGAAGGCCUGGAAAUCUGGUGGCGCAUCAGCAGCAGGCAGCACACCAUCUCCGGCACCUGAGGGACGCUUGUUUCCUGAUGCACUGCAAAGGUCGAAUGGUCAGGCAUGUUGGGACAGUGAGGCAGAGACCCAGAGUGAACGUGAUCCUGAAGAGGAAGAGGUGUGGUCGGACAGUGAACACAACUUCUUGGAUCCCAACAUUGGAGGAGUUGCCGUGGCCCCUGCUCAUGGCUCUAUCUUGAUUGAGUGUGCCCGUCGGGAGCUCCAUGCCACCACGCCACUUAAAAAGCCUGACCGUUCUCACCCAAGCCGCAUAUCCCUGGUCUUCUACCAGCACAAGAACCUGAACCAGCCCAGCCACGGUCUGGCUUUGUGGGAAUCCAAGAUGAAACUCCUGGCCGAACGAGCACGACAGCGGCAACAAGAAGCAGCUCUUUUGGGUCUCUCACAGGAAGAUAUUAAGGCCUAUGGGAAAAAGCGCAAGUGGGCAGCUGGAUCAGCAAGCCCAUCCCCUGGACAAACCAAGGACAAACGAGACGGUGUGAUGACACGAAUGGCACCCACACAGCAUACCACCACCAUAGUCACAGUUUCACCUUACCCGUCCACACAGCUCACUGGUCCUUACAGUCGAUUUGUGUGAACUCUUGUAAACUGUUGCCCCCUAGAGCCAGAGAUGGGAAUAAAAAUGAUAAGGAUCAUGAAUCUUACACCUUUACCAUUUGCUUCCCCUCUUCUAGCUCUAACACCUCUCUCAGGCCACCACAAGGGAGGGAUAAUAGAGGAAGGGGCACUUUUACACUUUUUUUUCUUUUACCUCAAAUUUUGGCAGCAGUUUGGGAGCUCCCCAAACGGACACGCUGUCUAUGGUGCUCUUGCUCUCUCCAACGUGGGAGGGAUUUCCAUAGCUACCCCUCCUUAAGUGAAUUUGAUGAUCCUAAUUAUUAUUGCUCUAUUAUCAAUAUUAUUACAAUUGCUAUUGUUACUGUCAACGUUGAUAUUACAGGUAUUGUUAUUAUAUUAUGAAGAUGACUAUUUUUUAUUUUAAUGUUAUUGUUUUUCUCAUCAUUUUUAUUAAUAUUAUGAUUUUUGUUUCCCCUCUUGACUAAGAGGGACUUCCUUUCUUCAUUCUCGCUUGUUCGUUAUGAACAUGAGAACAAGCUAUUCAGCAUUUUAUUGUCGCGCUUUUCACCUCCCAACCCCACCGAUCUCUAUAUUAAUGAAGCGCCUUCACAUCAUUGCAAGUCACAUUUAUGUGACUGCAUUAAGGCAACUAUAGAGCGUUUGCUCUAUAUUGCACUAGUCACUGAACACGUGCACAAGAAAGAGAGGGCCAGACACAAGCUUGGGCCUUUCUGUUUGGUGCCACUCUAAUGAAAUCUGUAAAGUCUCUCAUCCCUUCAAAUGGUGCUUCUUUUCUGUCUCAAGUGUCUCUAAUUUUGCUCUCACAAUAUCGAGGCAGGUGCUGGACCUGGGUGCUCUUUAGCAGCAGAUGUCAGUCAUGUUCAGUGACAGGGACCUCCCAGUCCCGGUAAUUGGCUCAACCUUCCAUCAUGUCAUCUGAUUGGUGCUGACUCAUUUGCCUGCAGUUUCAUUGGCCAUUCUUCACUUCCCAUGUGACAUUUUUAGACUAAGUUCUCUAAGGUGCUGAUAGUGCUAGCAAAAAUCCACCUUCAUAAAACCGCCCUAAAGAGCUGCAGAUAACCCACCGUGGGUCUUAAGCUUGUGAUUUCCACAUAGACUGAACAAUCCAGACACAGCUCAAACAGGGAAUUCUAAAAUCAUUGGCCAAUUUUUAUUGGCUUGAAAUUCUGCAAUCUCUGCUUGAUUUACCCUAGAUAUGUUCAAAUUGCAAAGACUUUCAGCUGCAGUAGGCAAGAAAAUAAUGACUUGCUGCAAAAUUGUCAUUACAGAUGAGUAUCUAUAGAUUUGAAACAUCAGUGGAUCUGGUUGGUUUCAGUCAGCAGACUGUCCAAAAAGAUCUGCACAGGGUCCUCGCUAAAGGGGAACUUGCCUAACUGGUUCCCUCGGUUACUAAUAAUUGGUUUUAUGUGUGUAUUCCCAACACAACUGGCCCUGUGUAAACUGAACAUGUCUUCCAUGUCCUGAUUUAUCUGUAGUUACCCAUUUGUGAUGACGAUUUUAUUCAAAGCUAUUAUUUUUGGGAUAUUUUCUUACCCACUGCUGGUAAAACCCACCAGCCUAACAGACAGAGCACAUUUCAUGGAGUUGGUGCAACUACGAGUCUUUUACGCCCCUCUCGUCGUAAGCAGCCCUCUUCUCUCUUUUUUGCCCUGAGAGAUCACCCACACCUGGAAUUCAUGGUGCUGAAUGGCAAUGCAUACAGUUUCAGCUCAGUUGUUUGUGCUAGUGUAUGUAUAAGUACACAAUGCAUGUGUGUGUGUGUGCAUUUGUGUAUGGAUUCCUAAACAUGCACGCUGGUUAGAAUGUAUGUGUGCCAGUGUGAAUGCCUGUCUGUGAGCUUCAUAUAGGGAGCAAUGCAGGGCUGCCGCUGGUUUACACAGGGCUGUAAGAUGCUUGACACUCACAGAGGAGAGAUCCUGGUGCUCAUUAAGUGGUCCUAAAGCUCUUUACCUCAUGUUGUACAGACACUGGUCCCAGUCGCAACAUGCUACAAACACACGGGCGCUACAGUCUGCAGGCUUGCUGCCUACAUCCACAUUCGUACCUACUUUUUUAUUAUUAUUUAUUAUAUGAUAAUGAUGAUGAUUAUUGUUAUUGUGAUUGCUGUCAUUUUAUUUUUGGGUUUGUUCAUUUUAGAGAAAUUGUAAAUAUUGAAGAGAGGAUUUUAUAAAAGCACUUUUAAUCUUGAUUUUAAUGAGGAGAAAAAAAAAAUAAGAACGGAUUAUUGACAACUUGAAACCUAGUUUUUGUUUUAAAGGAAUUUUAUUGGGAGAGAUAGAAAUGUAAAUAGUUAAAUAUUUAGGUAAGAUUAUUUAACUGGUGAGGGAUGAUGGCCUAAUCAUGAAUGAUUCCUGAAUUUUUAGUCUUCAGUUGUUUGUAUGUCAAGCCGUCAACAACAGGCCACAAAGCAGGAUGCUUUGUUGGUCUACUCAAGAUACUGCUGUCCUUCCUUUCGUGAGUACUGUACUUACACCAAUACCUCUGUACUACCAUUGUCACCGGCUUCCUUCCCCUGCAUCUGAUCCACAUCUGUAUACCAUAAACUAAUGGAGAACAAAGAAAAAAAAAAUGUGAACAUGUUGACUAAUACAGUUCGCAAAGGAUUCAGGACUUUUGUUUUGAAAGGGAGUGGAAGUACAUCACUUUUACAUGAAAAUUGCCCAUAGAACCGAAAAGAAUAUCAGGUUUAAACUUGCAGUUUGAAAUGUGACCGCUUUCAGUUCAAAUCUCCAGGUAGAUCAUGUAAUGCUGAUUUUUUUUUUUUUUUUUUUUUAAUUUAUUUUUUUUUUUUUAUUAAAUAUUGUGUGGGGUAAGUUUUACAGAAUUCUGAGCCUGCACUGACAUUAUAUUAUCUAGAUUGUCACUUGUUCUUGGAGAUGUGAGACUUGCCCCUGAAGUUAAGAAAAAAAGCUGAGUUUCUAGACUGCUCUUGAAGCCCAGUGAAAUUUCAUUCACCUUAAAUGGCUUUUGAACCAUGGUGCUACCCCCUAGAGUUCACUGUGGAAACGACUCUCUGCAAACACUGUUGCUGCAGUUCUUGGGCUCUUAAAUUGACAUGUGAACUCGUUUUGAGAGUAUUUGAGAGGAAACCUAUAUGGUGCUGAUCAUUUUUAAAUCUUUUUACAUCGUUAUUUCUGAAACACUUCUGAUGGUCGCGGUUUUUUUUAAAAAAAUAAAUAAAAAAAGCACUCCAACUGCUCCAGUUUCCCUUUUUAGCCAUCACCCUAAAUAAUUGAAAUGGUACUUGAAGAGCAUGAUGGCAGGUGGAGGAAUAGGUACUCUCAUGCUUUUGAUGUGAAUAGACUGUUAAUUUAAUAUUCUGGUGCUACCUAAACUGCCCAGAAAUGUGUUUUCACCCAUUCUGAAAUUUUAUACAUUUUGUCAUUUUAUUGAAUAUACUCAUUCUUUUUCUUUACUCACAUCUACCCUCGGCCACACUGUCACACAAACGCAUACAAAUACACACAAACACAACACUCUCACAUAUACACACACUACUCUGCCCCCUCUAUCAGCACUCACAGUUAUGAGUAUAAAUCAUGCCCAGUUUUAAACAUCAAAAGGACAAAAUGUCUAAAAAGGAAAAAAAAAAAAAAGAAAAAGAAAAAAACUGGCAGCUACAUUCCUUUAUGAGUUAAAGAUUGUUCUUGGUUCUAUUUUUCAUGUUGAGUAUGCAGUAUGUAAAAAGUGUUAUCUUUUGUUUGGUCUCUCUCCUUGUAGCUGUAUGGUGUAUUAUGUGAAUACAUAGUGUAUGUGGUAAGAUCCACAAUACUGUUUUAUGUUCUAAACUAAGAAAAAAAAACCAAUAAAAACAAAAUAAAUAAGAA